UUCCACUUCCUCCUCGCGGUUUAUUUCCUUUUCCUCCUCCUCUCCUUCUGAGGAAAGGUGAUUGUUGGCUGAGAAAUUUGGAGUACAGCCAGUGGAGGAUUUUCUUGGCCUUGAAAGAAGAGGGAGGAAGAGCUUCUUGGAUACAGUUUGGUUUUUUUAUCAGAGUGAUUUUAACAUGGAGAGACUCAACUCACCUGAACCUGAAGCAGGCAGGGCCCCUGGGAGUAAUGGGGAAUUCUGGGAAGGAACUACACAGAUGUCCCUGAAUGCACACUUACAGCACCAGUGCUUUAGGCAUUCCUCCUACCAAGAGGGCGAGAGACCCAGAGAAGUUUGCAGCCGCCUCCACGAUCUCUGCCACCAGUGGCUGAAACCAGAGCAAAACACCAAGGCGGAGAUGCUGGACCUGGUGAUCCUGGAGCAGUUCCUGAGCAUCCUGCCCCCAGAGAUGGGGAGCUGGGUCCGAGAGUGUGGGGCAGAGACCUCUUCCCAGGCGGUGGCCCUGGCGGAAGGCUUCCUCCUGAGUCAGGCGGAGGACGAGAAGCAGGAAGGACAGGUGAGAGCAUUUCCUCUUGGCUUCACUCACCUUGGGACUGAUGGAAAGAUUAAAUAUACAUCCUGCUUUCCUUCCAAAAUGGGACCGAUGUGAGGGAAAAGCCAGACUCUGCUCCCUCGGCCUCUUUUCCCACCUACUCUGCCCCUCCUGCUCUCACCUCCAUAUCCACUGUAAGCUCGGUUGCUCCUCUACCCAGAGGUGUUGAUGCCAGAUAUCACAUUAAAAUCUAUGGGAGAGGGGAGCAUGGCCUUUGUUUCAAACUAGGUUGCAAUGUCACAAUGCAGUUCCUACUCAUUUGGGGGGAAAUUCUUUUCUAAUCUUUCUCCAUUCCUCUUAUGGAAUUCUCUGUGGUCUUUCAGGCCCAACAUAACUGUAUUGAAGUCCAGCCUGAUGUCCCUGAAUCAGAGAAAUCUCCACCAGACAUGACCCCGAGCCUCCAGCAAAAA